UAACUAUUCAUUUAAAACUUGGGGUUUACGAUCUUAAUAACCGCACUUGCUAUCAAACCAUCAACCCAGUAUCGCUUCAUCAUAUUUUCUACCUACCCACUUAGUCAGCACCCGACUACAUUAUUUACCACCACCACCCCCACCAUCUAUCUUCUAUCCAUUCUAAGUACGAAUACGUCACAACGAACACCGGCCACAAUGGCAGCUCCGAAGCAUGAUCCUCUUGAGAUCUUAGACAAGAUGUUCAACGAAGUUCUUGUGCAAACUGGGAAGCAUCUUAAAGCAAAUGCCAAGGAUGGACCAAGGAACGUUAGCGCGAGCAACGCGAUACGCGCAAAGACGUCAGAUUCAAUGACGACGUAUCAUUAUGCUUUGGACGAUCUUGAAAGCGAAAUUAUUAGAGCCAAGGCCGUUAUUCUGCGGGAUCUAGAGAAGCUACAUGCAGCCCGAGCUCCCGUUCCUGCUCCCGCUCCAGCUCCAGCUCCAGCUCCAGCUCCGCAGCCUGUGGCACCACCGGCACCAAUGAUGGAAUUGCCGUCCUCAGCGGCACAUACCAUAAGCGCCACAGCCUUUGCUCCCAAGCAGCAGCACAAGCCGACAGCCCCGUUUCCCGACAUGGGUAUGGGCAUGGGCAUGGGCAUGGGCAUGUCUACCGACGUAGUUGACCUGACCUCUAACGACAAGAAGCCAUCGCCACGGGUCUCAGCCAGUGCUAUCAGGCCGCCAGUUAGAGCCACUCCGCCGAUAAAGAACGAAGUGAAGCCCUCUCCGAAGCAGCUACAUAAGCCCUCACCCAAGCUAGCUCAACCCAUUAAGGUGACCCCAGUGCCUCCGCCGCAGAUCCCCCGGCUGCAACCCCCUCAACCAUCUGCCAUCGGAGCAGCGGCUACAACCAAGUCGCAGCCCACAGCACCGAGUGCCCAACCCAGUAAACAGGUCCAAGCUAUACCAGCAGCACAAGCCGCCCAGGACGCUACUUUAAACGCUAUGCUGGUGCCUGCUAACGCCGUAGGUGGCGAUACUAAUACGGCAGGGGGUAGCAAUACGCUAGGCUUCACAGACAUGCAAUUCUCCCUUGCACCAUCGAACACUGAAGCGUCGGGCGCACCUCCAGCUCCGAUGCCCGAAUUUGAUCUAACGACGUUUGCUCCUCAGGGAGGGGGUAACGACAUGUCACUAGAUUCCUCUAGGCUUGGCAACACUACUGCAGGGGCCGCUACAGGAACUGGUCAGAACAACAUAACGGUACCCCCACAGCAACCAAAGGAAGAGGACAAAACUGAUACAAACCUCGAUGACUUGUUCAACCUAGACAAUACCAACGGUGGAACGGACAACAUGUUUGACUUGGGAGGUGGAGGUGUUAAUGACAGUACCUUUGACGAUAUGAUGUACUUCGACAACAACAACGACGCGGAUCUAGCACAGUUUGACGAAGAAUACUUCAACUUCCAGUAACAGGACAAGUGAACGGUUUAUAUCACUGUUCUUAAGGAAAAGAUCGAAUACUAUACGAUGGCAGGUUUAGAAAAAAGGUAUAUCAUCACAUUAUAAGGGGAAACUUCAAGCAAUCUGUUUCUUAGCUCCGGCCUUGGUCGAGAUUAUAGCUAGCAAAAUAUCUCGGACGAUAGAGUGCUGGAAGGUCCUAACUAGCGUACAAUAUAUAUUGGUUCCACAUUAAUCUGUCGACUUACAAAAGUAACUAUGGUUUGAUUAGUUUAGUCUCUAUGUAGGGACAGUAUUUGAGGUAUAUAUGAAGUACG